AUGACUGAGUUCAUCCUUAUUGGAUUAACUGACUCUCCAGAAAUUCAGAUUAUCUUCUUUGUGCUAUUUUUGGUGAUUUACAUGUUCACCAUGAUAGGUAAUAUUGGCAUGAUUAUCUUAAUCAAGGUGGAUUCUCACCUCCAAACCCCCAUGUAUUUCUUCCUGACCAACUUGUCAUUUGCUGACAUUUGUUAUUCAUCCACCAUCACUCCAAAGAUGCUGGUAGACUUAUUUUCUGAGAGAAAGACCAUCUCUUUUGCUGGUUGCUUCCUGCAGAUGUAUGUCUUUAUUGCUUUGGUCACCACUGAGUGUAUCCUCUUUGGAUUAAUGGCCUAUGACCGUUAUGUGGCUAUUUGUAAUCCACUGCUGUAUACAGUUAUCAUGUCGAGGACAGUAUGCCUGAAGAUGGCCAUUGGUGCCUACGCAGCAGGGUUCCUGAACUCAUUGAUUCAUACUAGUUACUUAAGUAGCUUAUCCUACUGUGAAUCUAAUGUCAUUGAUCACUUUUUCUGUGAUACGCCCCCAAUCCUCAAACUCUCUUGCUCUGAUACACACCUGAAUGAAAAUCUCAUCUUUAUAUGUGCAGGAUUAAAUAUCAUUGGCUCACUACUGAUGAUCUUCACUUCUUACAGCUAUAUCCUCUUUUCCAUCAUGCGCAUACACUCAAAGGAAGGGAGGAUCAAAGCCUUCUCAACACGUGCUUCUCACUUGACAGCCAUCAUUUUAUUCUAUGGAACAGGAACAUUUGCUUACAUGAAACCUAGUUCAAGGUACUCUUUAAAUCAAGACAAGGUGGCUGCUGUUUUCUACACUUUGGUGAUCCCUAUGUUAAACCCCUUCAUCUAUAGUAUGAGGAAUCAAGAGGUGAAGAAGGCCUUAAACAAUAUGAUUUCAAGAACAAAAGGCUCUUCUCUUAAUAUGAUUGUUUUCUUGACUCCAAAAAUUAGAGAAUAA